CUUGAAACGGCAGUGGGAAGUGGACAGAAGACCUGAUAGGAAAGAUAAAAAGAAGAGGAAAAGGAAAAUGAAAGUUUCCAGUUUGACAAUCAAGCUGUCUUCUGCAUCCAUUUCAUCCCAAGACCACCAAGCCAGUGUGGAGGCUUUUUCCUCCUUUCCUUUUCGUGAGACUGAUCACAACCUUGCCAGGACACGGUUUCCUCUUACUCGACCCAGUCUUUGUAAAAAAUGGGAGGCAGCCGUCAGAAGGAAAAACUUUAAGCCCACCAAGUACAGCAGCAUUUGCUCAGAACACUUUACUCCGGACUGCUUUAAGAGGGAGUGCAACAGCAAGUUACUGAAAGAGGACGCUGUCCCCACAAUAUUCCUUUGUACUGAAUCACAUGACAAGAAGGAAGAUCUUCUGGAGCCCCAAGAACAGCUUCCCCGACCUCCUUCAACACCCCCCGUUUCCCAGGUCGAUGCUGCUACCGGGUUACUCAUGCCUCCUCUUCAGACCCCUGAUAACCUCUCCGUGUUCUGUGACCACAGCUACACUGUGGAGGACACCAUGCACCAGAGGAAGAGGAUUCACCAGCUCGAACAGCAAGUAGAGAAGCUCAGAAAGCAGCUCCAGACUGCACAGCAGCGGUGCAGAAGACAGGAGCGGCAGCUGGAGAAGCUGAAAGAGGUCGUGCACUUCCAGAAGGAGAAAGACGACGUCUCCGAGCGGGGUUAUGUGAUUCUACCAAAUGACUAUUUUGAAAUAGUUGAAGUCCCGGCAUGAAGAGUGAAAUCUGUGUUGGUGUUCAAUGGUGCAAUACCACCUACCCUCUUCUAGCCUGUAGAGGAGUUUCAUUUGAAAAAAAUUACACUUGGUCACUUGUAUAAAAACAAUUCAGAAUAUUUUUUUAAAAGAAUAAAUUAGAUAUAUACUGUAAAAUUGUAAAUGUUUUGUUUGUAAUUUCAGGGUUUUUACAUUUUAACAAAAUAUUUUUAAAGUUAUAAACUAGCUUCAUUGUAAGUUGGUUUCAAGAUUGGGGAUUUUUGUUUCUUAAUUUGAGUAUUUAUAGAAAUGAUAUGAAAAAAAGUAAAGAGAAUGAUAACAGUGCAGUAAGGAUGAUUUAAG